AGGACCUAUAUGCAAGAUAGGGCGCCUCGGAAAACAUCCAUCGAUGAGCAACCGAACAACACGAAACACAAGCCAAACCAAACCAGCCUUCCACCGGAUUGGAAACAACCAGAUGCUACUAGUCCUACGAAUCCACCGUUUUCCGCCUUAAAAAUAUCAGAAUUAGCGCCCCAUUUAACGACCCGUGGUUACUUGCAGAAUUAUAUAGCCACCAUUGGAGAAGGUAGGGAGGGGAGUAGCCAAGAACCCAAGAAAGGGGAAGCUUGGGGGAAGGGGGAAGGGGGAAGGGGGAAGAAGAACCCAGGAGGACUUGGCGAUUUGGUCAGAUCAAAGCAGUUCAAUCGCUAUGGCUACCCAAUCCGAUUCGGUGGCCAUGUGGUUGAUUCCUCGGUUUGAUUUGUCUGGGAUGUGAUAUGAUCACCUGGCAUGGUUCAUCCCAGGUUCCUGGUGGCUUGCUCAGGCUCCAAGUUGUGCUUCAUCUCCAGCUGCCGCAGUAGUCAUGGAAAGAUGAUGAUAUCCUUGCUUCAGAUGGGUUUGAGCCAGACAUUGGAGUGUAGUUCUACCCUUCCAGUGUUGAUUGAUUGCAGUCAAUGAUUCCUCGGAGCUUCUGGGGAACGAAAUACGGAUUCUGAAGGACAUCAAAAGGAGUUGACAAAGUACAUUUCAGGUGCAAAUCCAAAUUGAUAGUCUUCUUUUUGCGGAAGUAACAGAUUGGUUGCGAUGGGUUUACCUCAAGCUCCUCCAGUCAAGGAUGAUGCGCCUACCGCAUCGUGUACAUCUGCGUCAAGCCCUCAUUUUGGAGGUGUUGGUGCCUGUGAUUUGGAUGGGCUUUCUGCAGGAAGCUCAAGUUGCAGGGUACUUUCACACCCAUUGAUUGGCUAUUUUAAUAGAAAGACUGCAUUAGAUGCCCUGAAUGAAUCAAACGGGUAUUGCAGAGACAGCCAUGCGUUCGAUGAACCUGCAGACCUCUGUGGACUAAAAGUUGAUUCGAGAUAUGCAAAUUCUAGAUCUUAUCCUAAACUUGAGCCUGCUGUCCAUAUGCCCACAAGGAGAGUUGUGGGCUUUGAAUCAGGCUGUAUUGGAUUUGGAGCUUCUGAUAGAACAGAAGCAAAUAUGGUCCAUUCAUCUUCGGUUGUCAGCAAUUGUCAUUCGCCAUUUGAUCAUCAUGAAUUUCAGGACUUGCCAACCUCAAGGUGCUCCAAUUGGUGCCCAGAAUGGGAUGUUAGUAGGAGCAAUUCCAAUUUAUUCACUGAUGGUCCUUUACUUGGGAGCAGGGAGUUUUUAUCCUAUUAUGACCAUCUAGCAGCUAGUACAAAAUUAGCACACUCUCCGCUUUCUCUGUCUCCUCUCAGUCCGAAACAUAUGAACAAAAUUAAGGUUACAGGAUCUCAAAGACAUAUAAUGAGAGAUCUUGAAAAUGAUUUUCUAGAUCUAAAGGAAACAGGAGGGUCUAAUGGAAUUAGGGUGCAGGACGUGUCAGAAGAAACUAACUUGUUUCAAGAUGAACUUGAUAUUAUGACACCCAAAUGGAGUUUAUUGAGAAGAUAUCGAAACUGGGGUCCUGAAUCUGCCCCUACGUCUCCCCGAGUUGGUUAUGUUCGGAGUUCGAGUAUGCUUGUGAGGAGGUCACUAGUUGUCUCCUUUGAGGAAUCCCUUUUAUCUGGUCGAUAUUCUUAUGGAAAAGACAGUCAGACAAUUGAUGGUUUCUUAGCUGUUCUAAAUGUCACUGGUGGUAGUUUCUUCCCUACAACUCAGAAACUUCCAUUCUUAGUAACAAGCAUCGAUGAGGAUAGCUCCUUAUUGUACUAUUCUUCUAUUGAUCUUGCGGGGAGGUUGCCUGUGAAUAACAGCAAAAGCUCAAAGCUCCAAAGAAGCCUUAGUAACAAUGAUUCACGAUCAGCAAAGAGUCGUUUACGCAUCCCUGUAAAGGGUCGCAUACAACUGGUCGUCAGCAACCCGGAGAAGACUCCACUUCAUACUUUCUUCUGCAACUACGACUUGAGUGACAUGCCUUCUGGGACCAAGACUUUCAUGCGGCAAAAGGUCACACUAUCUCCCUCUGUUUGUCCCUCUAAUCCAGUGGAAGAAGGAAGCAGGGCCUGUGAUGUUAAUGUUGGGCCCAAAUCUCAGUCAGUCUCAUGUGGAAGUGAACCUAGAGAACGGGGAACUCUAUGUUCUGAAUGCUGUGGACAUGGACAGAACUGCAACUCAAAUGACGAAUCAGAAAAAAGAGGCCCGAACACAAAAUGUUGUUCAUCGGAGAGUGCUUCUCAAGAAUCAAAUAAAUCUAGCUCUCCUGGGAAAAAGAAAAACAAUACUGAUUCUGAUGGUUGCUGCUGUCAAACGGAUAAGUUUUGCCUAGGUGGAAAGAAGUCAUGCUGCUCAUCGUCUAAGAUCAAUGAUAGUUCAAGUGGAGGUGUGCUUCGUUAUGCUUUGCACCUGCGCUUUCUCUGCCCCGCCUCCAAGAAAUCCUCGAAAUCAAUGCUACGGUGCAAAUCUGAUCCAUCAUCAGCACCAUACAGUAGCAAUCCAGUGCCCGAGGAAGAGCGGAGAUUCUAUCUCUACAAUGAUCUUAGAGUUGUAUUUCCUCAAAGGCACUCAGAUGCAGAUGAAGGCGAGUUGCGAGUGGAGCAUGACUUCCCCGCUGAUCCCAAGUACUUCGACAUAAGCAACUGACGUUUGCUUGUGUUCUCAUCUCAUGUAUAGCUUGCGCUGCCGCGCCAAAAAAGAAUCUGUAAAUAUUUUACGAUGACUAACUCGGUCACCAGUCUUUUUCUUCUGUGCUAUCUUUCGCCAGCAAACUAUACAGGUUUAAUCUUCCAAUAAAAUGUAUUAUUUCGUUCUCCAUAA